AUGAAGUGGAAAAUUUUGUGGAGGGGGAACCUGGUGGAGAGGAACCUGGAGGAGGGGACCCUGGAGGAGGGGAACCUGGAGGAGGGGAACCUGGAGGAGGAGAACCUGGAGGAGAGGAACUUGGAGGAGAGGAACUUGGAGGAGAGGAACUUGGAGGAGAGGAACCUGGAGGAGGGGACCCUGGAGGAGGGGAACCUGGAGGAGGGGAACCUGGAGGAGGAGAACCUGGAGGAGAGGAACUUGGAGGAGAGGAACUUGGAGGAGAGGAACCUGGAGGAGGGGACCCUGGAGGAGGGGACCUUGGAGGAGAGGAACUUGGAGGAGAGGAACCUGGAGGAGGGGAACCUGGAGGAGGGGAACCUGGAGGAGAGGAACCUGGAGGAGGGGACCCUGGAGGAGGGGAACCUGGAGGAGAGGAACUUGGAGGAGAGGAACCUGGAGGAGAGGAACCUGGAGGAGGGGACCCUGGAGGAGGGGAACCUGGAGGAGAGGAACCUGGAGGAGGGGACCCUGGAGGAGGGGAACCUGGAGGAGAGGAACCUGGAGGAGAGGAACCUGGAGGAGAGGACCCUGGAGGAGGGGACCUUGGAGGAGAGGAAGUUGGAGGAGAGGAACCUGGAGGAGGGGAACCUGGAGGAGGGGAACCUGGAGGAGGGGAGCCUGGAGGAGGAGAACCUGGAGGAGGGGAACCUGGAGGAGAGGAACCUGGAGGAGAGGAACCGAUCCGAGGAUAGGAGAGCCAUUCGGCAGUGGCAGCUCGGGGACAGGGAGGGUCACACACAAGCACACUCUUUGUGCGCCUCUAAUCCCCCCAGCCAACACAGCUUUGGCCAGGUUUCAUCAUGAAAGUGCCAUGAAAUAACUACUUUUUUUCUCUCCUCAGAGUAAAUCUCCCCUAAUCCUGGGGGCCGUGGAGACAAAGGCCCCGGGGACCUAAUCCUGGAGCUUUUAGCGGGGCGGAGGGGCCGGCCGGCCGAGCCUCUUCUAAAUGACUUAUUUCUAUCGGACACUAAUACAGCUUGACAGCCGGGAACGGUGAAAGGACGAGGAAAAGGGCUGGGGGGAGGAAACGGCACCAAACAUUUUCACAUAUCUUGGGCUGAGUGGUUGUAAUGGCAGAGCUGAGCCGGCCCACAGCUUCAUCUGGGAAUAAAACCAUGAGAUUUCCUCUGAGGGUCCGGCUGCACAGACGUACCUGUUGCAUUUGAUACCAACGCUCACUGAAGUACCUCAGUAGUAUUAAUAUUUUACAUAUAGCAGCGCUCACCUUGUUCAAUCAAAGGGUUAAAGGUCAAUUCUGACUGGCUGUUUGGUGGCUUAAUCCUUUAGUUUUUCAAAUUAAAGCUACAGUAUAUAACGUUUAUAAUAAAUAUAAAUUUUUGCAUAUAUCCUACUUUAUGGUCUUAUGGUUUGAGACAGAUUAUAUGUAAAAAAAAUUCAAGAUCCUGUGUCUUUUCCCUGCUAACCAGAAACAACCAAUCAAAAGUAGGAGGCAGGUCUUAGCGCUGUCAAUCACCACUCCAUGCUGCAGAGAGCUGCACAGCCUGUCAUGGAUGCUCAGGCUAGUUAGCAUAGCAUUUUCCUGUUGUUUCUCCACCAUUAACGCAUUUACCAAAGAGUACAUGCUGAUGAUUGACAGCACCAAGACCCUCCUCCUGUCUCUGAUUGGUUGUUAGUGGUUGGGAGUGUUGCAUUUCUUCCCACAGUAAGAGUAUCUCAGGAAGGAGGCAGAGGAGGCUGGUCAUUUCACAGAUUAUUUGUCUCAUAACAAACUGUCAUGACACGGUGAGAGUUUUAACAAAAAUGUAAAUAUAGUUUUUUUAUUAAAAGGUUACAUACGGUAUCCUUAAAACAAGCAAUUUAUAAAGAUAGAAUUAUUAUUAUAGUAAAGUUGUUAUUGGCCUCAGUGGAACAGUACAUGACUGGUUCAAGUCUUAUUUAAAGAACAGACUUCUUUUUUUUUGUUAAUAGAGCUCUUUAUUGGCAUCACCUUUCAGAAAGUCUCACCUCUCCGUAAGAAUAUUGUUAAAGGGUUAAUAGAGGAGCCAUGUUGUGACGACUUCCUGAAAGUGGGUUGGAAAGAUGGGAUCUUCUUAAAGAGACAGAGACCCAAUUUCAAGGCGUUAAAUUACAAGUACAUCAUGGAAUUUCUGUCCACUUUGUUGAAUUGCUGACAUUCAGUCAGAAAUGAAGUCUUUCUACAGAUUCUCAUUGUUGUUUAGGUCUGGACUUUGACUGAGCCAUUCUAAGACGUAAAUAUGAUUCGAUCUAAACCAGUCAUCCUGCUGGAAGGUUACACCUCUAGUUUUUCACGUGUUAAGCUAAUGGGCGUCUUGCUGACAGAUCCCUGCAGAGUCUCUUUGGUUAAAGCAGCCAUGUCCUGGUUUCCCUGAUCUUCCUGAUGUGUUCUUUGGUCUUGAGGAUGCUGUUUGCUCAUAAAUACUCUCUAAACCCCCCUGAGCCCUUCACAGAACAGCUGUAUUCAUACUCAGAUUAAAUUACAAGGAGGUGGACUUCAUUGGGUUAAGAGGCCUUUUUAAUUCAACUGAUUGCAUUGAAUAUUAAUUAAAGUUAAAAGGGGAAAACAAAAACAGUCCGUACUUUCAGAUUUUUACUUAUAACAAAAUUAGAGGAAAAGUGAAAGAAAUUGCUUAAAUUUCUUUAAGCAAUUACAUUAAGAAAACAGCUUGGGUUUUAUUACCAGUUCAUUUUCCAUACUCAGAUUUAAGUUUUAGCAAAUAUUCUGAUAUAAAUUUUGUAAAUAUUCUGAUAAAAUGUUGCAGAAAGACUUAAGCUUGGGGUUAAAAUGUCGAUUAUACACACCAUUGCAGCAUAUAACUAGUGCCAUGUUGAAAAAUUAGUUACUUUUAUGCUACAGAUCAAGUUUUUGUCAGAUACGAAACUUUUUUAUGCUACAAACAAUUUUGUGUGCAAGUCAAAAAGUUUGAAUUUUCUAUGUAUUUUGAUCAAAUGUUGCAGGAAAUAUUGUGUUUGGGGUUUGCGUGCAUUACAACUGCAGCUGUAGACGAUUUUAGAAAGAAGUGCUACAUCGGAAAAUGUUAAUAUGCAUUUUACUUUCUGAAUAAUUCAUUCUACAAAUAAAAUAUUCUGACACAACUGAAAUCCCUCCAAAUUAACAUGAAUAUGCACAAAGAAAAACUAUGAUUCUUUCGAUUUCUUGUAUAAUCUGGAGUGUUUCCUGCAGGAUUUUGAGGAAUUGCUCUCUUUGGCUCAGAUUAACUUCUCAUUGUGACAGUUCAUCAGGAAGAAAUGGUGGCUGUUAGCAAAACAAACCCCCCAUCAGGGAGGCGCAGUGGCUGGGGGGCUGUCAGCAGCAGCGCUAUGGGAGAAUGGAGAGGACAAUCAAAGGCUGUUAUUUUAAUCUGUCCUGCCUCGGAGAUUAGCCCUCCACAUUGUCUCAAUUGUUUUAACUGGGGAGGGAAUGAAACGCUCCCUUAUUGGGCAAUCCUUGGCAUAAAUCUCUCAAGUUCAAUAGUUUCAAAAAACUUGAGCUCCCAGCUGCCCCCCUAUCUCCCCUCAUCCCACCUAAUCCCAGCUAAUACCUUCCUUUCCAUUGGCUAAUGGCUGAGGGGAGCCUGGGUGAAGAAGUCUUAAAUAGUCCGGGGUGAGAAUGGUUUCAGGGAGGGAGAUUCAUGAAGCUGCAGGAAAAGGAGCUGCUGCUGCCUGAGGAUUUAUUUGGGCCUGAAUUGGACAGGAGGCUGACUUCUGACUGGAGGAACUCGGCUGAUCUGAACGCAGCCUGGAUCUCAGGUAAUCUGCUGCUGAAUGGUGGGACAGUAAUCCAGCUAAAUCUGAUGUAAUCAUCAUUGAAAUCACAUUUUUUCACAUUUAUAUUAUGUUUAUUUAUUCAUAGAUAGUACAUUUCAUUACCCUUUUAAGAGGAGAGAUGCAUGAGACCAGGUUAUGGCAACAUAUGCUAAUUUCUACAGAUUGAUGUCAUCAAGUGUGAUUUAAUAGUUUAUGACUUGAAGAAAAGUGAAAAUGAGUUUGGAAAAAUGUUUGAACAAGUUAAACCUUUCUAAAAACUACUAUUACUGCUACGAUAAUGAUAGUAAUAAUGAUGC